GCCUGCAAGGGACCUCUGCGUCAUGGACCCCCCACAGCUGCUCUUCUACGUGAAUGGCCAGAAGGUGGUAGAAAAAGAUGUUGAUCCUGAAAUGAUGCUUUUACCAUACCUGAGGAAGAAUCUCCGACUCACAGGAACCAAGUAUGGCUGUGGAGGCGGGGGCUGCGGCGCCUGCACAGUGAUGCUCUCACGGUACAACCCCAGCACCAAGACAGUCAGGCAUCAUCCAGUCAAUGCCUGUCUGACCCCCAUCUGCUCUCUGUAUGGUACAGCAGUCACCACAGUAGAAGGCAUAGGCAACACGAGGACCAGACUUCAUCCUAUUCAGGAGAGGAUUGCCAAGUGUCAUGGCACACAGUGUGGAUUCUGUACUCCUGGGAUGGUGAUGUCCAUGUAUGCACUGCUCAGGAACCAUCCAGAGCCCACUCUAGAACAGUUAACUGAUGCCCUGGGUGGAAAUUUAUGUCGCUGCACUGGAUACAGGCCCAUAAUUGAUGCUUGCAAGACUUUCUGUAAGGCCUCUGGCUGCUGUCAGAGUAAAGAAAAUGGGCUGUGCUGGUCGGCUCAAGGAAUAAAUGGAUUGGCAGAAUUUCAGGAGGGAGAUGAGACAAAUCCAGAACUGUUCUCAGAAGAGGAAUUUCUGCCACUGGACCCAACCCAAGAGCUGAUAUUUCCCCCAGAGCUAAUGAGAAUAGCUGAGAAACAGCCACCAAAGACCAGAGUGUUUUAUGGUGAUAGAGUGACGUGGAUUUCCCCUGUGACCCUGAAGGAACUUGUGGAAGCUAAAUUCAAGCAUCCCCAGGCCCCCAUUGUCAUGGGGUACACCUCUGUGGGGCCCGAAGUAAAGUUUAAAGGUGUCUUCCACCCCAUCAUAAUUUCUCCUGACAGAAUUGAAGAGCUGGGUGUCAUAAGCCAGGCCCAGGAUGGGCUGACCCUGGGUGCUGGCCUCAGCCUGGAUCAGGUGAAGGACAUUCUGGCUGAUGUAGUCCAGAAGCUUCCAGAAGAGAAGACACAGACAUACCACGCUCUCCUAAAGCACCUGAGAACUCUGGCUGGCGCCCAGAUCAGGAACAUGGCUUCUUUAGGGGGCCACAUUGUGAGCAGACAUCUGGACUCAGAUCUGAAUCCUCUUCUGGCUGUGGGUAACUGUACCCUCAACUUACUGUCCAAAGAUGGAGAACGGCAGAUCCCUUUAAGUGAGCAGUUUCUCCGCAAGUGUCCUGAAGAGGAUCUUAAGCCUCAGGAAGUCUUGGUCUCAGUGAACAUCCCCUGUUCCAGAAAGUGGGAGUUUGUGUCAGCCUUCCGACAAGCCCAGAGACAACAGAAUGCACUAGCGAUUGUCAACUCUGGAAUGAGAGUCCUUUUUAAAGAAGGGGGUGGUGUCAUUGAGGAGUUAUCCAUUUUGUAUGGAGGUGUUGGUCCAACCACCAUCAGUGCCAAGAACUCCUGUCAGAGACUCAUCGGAAGGCCCUGGGAUGAAGAGAUGCUGGACACAGCAUGCAGGCUGGUUUUGGAUGAAGUCACCCUUGCAGGCUCAGCUCCCGGUGGGAAGGUGGAGUUCAAGAGAACCCUCAUCAUCAGCUUCCUCUUCAAGUUCUACCUGGAGGUGUCACAGAGUUUGAAGAGGGAGGACCCAGGUCACUAUUCUAGCCUGGCAGGCAACUAUGAGAGUGCUUUACAAGAUCUUCAUUCAAAACAUCAUUGGAGAACAUUAACCCACCAGAAUGUAGACCCAGCGCAGCUUCCUCAGGACCCGAUUGGACGUCCCAUCAUGCACCUCUCUGGUAUUAAGCAUGCCACUGGUGAGGCCAUCUACUGUGAUGACAUGCCUGCAGUAGACCGGGAGCUUUUCCUGACUUUCGUAACGAGUUCAAGAGCACACGCUAAGAUUGUGUCUAUUGAUCUGUCAGAAGCUCUCAGCCUGCCAGGUGUGGUGGACAUCAUUACUGCAGAUCAUCUUCAGGAAGCAAACACCUUCGGCACAGAGACGUUUCUGGCCACAGAUGAGGUACACUGCGUGGGCUAUCUCGUCUGUGCCGUGAUUGCAGAUUCUGAGACACGGGCAAAGCAAGCGGCAAAGCAAGUGAAGGUGGUUUACCGGGACUUGGAGCCUCUGAUCCUAACGAUUGAGGAAGCUAUACAACACAAGUCCUUCUUUGAGUCAGAACGGAAGUUGGAGUGUGGGAACGUUGACGAAGCAUUUAAAAUCGUUGACCAAAUUCUUGAAGGUGAAAUACACAUAGGCGGCCAGGAACACUUUUAUAUGGAAACCCAAAGCAUGCUUGUUGUUCCCAAAGGAGAGGAUGGAGAGAUUGACAUCUAUGUGUCCACACAGUUCCCCAGAUACAUACAGGAUAUAGUUGCUGCAACCUUGAAGCUCUCAGCCAACAAGGUCAUGUGUCAUGUAAGGCGUGUUGGCGGGGCGUUUGGAGGGAAGGUGGGCAAGACCAGCAUCAUGGCAGCCAUCACCGCUUUCGCCGCCAGCAAACACGGUCGCGCAGUCCGCUGCAUUCUGGAACGAGGAGAAGACAUGUUAAUAACUGGAGGCCGCCAUCCUUACCUUGGAAAAUAUAAAGCUGGAUUCAUGAACGACGGCAGAAUCUUGGCCCUGGACGUGGAACACUAUUGCAAUGGAGGGUGCUCCCUGGAUGAGUCACUGUGGGUGAUAGAAAUGGGGCUUCUGAAGAUGGACAAUGCUUACAAGUUUCCCAACCUACGCUGCCGGGGCCGGGCCUGCAGAACCAACCUUCCAUCCAACACCGCUCUGCGUGGCUUUGGCUUUCCUCAGGCAGGGCUGGUCACUGAAGCCUGCAUCACAGAAGUGGCCAUCAAAUGUGGCCUGUCCCCUGAGCAGGUUCGAAGCAUAAAUAUGUACAAACAAGUUGAUAAAACCCCUUACAAGCAAGAGUUCAGCGCCAAGACCCUCUCUGAGUGCUGGAGAGAGUGCAUGGCCAAGUGUUUCUACCCUCAGAGAAAAACAGCUGUAGGAAAGUUCAACGCAGAGAAUUUCUGGAAGAAGAGGGGAAUGGCCGUGAUUCCCCUGAAGUUUCCUGUGGGUAUUGGCUCAGUAGCCAUGGGACAGGCAGCUGCCCUGGUUCACGUUUAUCUUGAUGGCUCUGUGCUGGUGUCUCAUGGUGGGAUUGAGAUGGGCCAGGGUGUCCACACUAAAAUGAUUCAGGUGGUCAGCCGGGAAUUAAGGAUGCCGAUGUCCAGUGUCCACCUGCGUGGGACAAGCACAGAAACCGUCCCCAACACAAAUGCCUCUGGAGGAUCUGUGGUGGCAGAUCUCAAUGGAUUGGCAGUAAAGGAUGCUUGCCAGACUCUUCUAAAACGCCUUGAACCCAUCAUCAGCAAGAAUCCUCAGGGAACUUGGAAGGAUUGGACUAUCAGAACAGACAUCGUGAUGGAUGUUGGCCACAGCAUAAACCCAGCCCUUGACAUGGGCCAGGUUGAAGGCGCAUUUGUUCAAGGAAUGGGACUUUACACAAUAGAGGAGCUGAGUUACUCUCCUCGGGGCACUCUUUACAGUCGUGGUCCAAACCAGUACAAGAUUCCUGCCAUCUGUGACAUUCCCACGGAGAUGCACAUUUCCUUUUUGCCCCCAUCUGAACACUCAAACACCCUGUAUUCAUCUAAGGGCCUGGGGGAGUCUGGGGUGUUCCUGGGAUGUUCGGUAUUCUUCGCCAUCCAUGACGCCGUGAGGGCAGCUCAGCAGGAGAGAGGCAUCUCUGGACCGUGGAAGCUCAGUAGUCCUCUGACUCCAGAGAAAAUCAGAAUGGCCUGUGAAGAUAAGUUCACAAACAUGAUUCCAAGAGAUGAACCUGGAUCCUAUGUUCCCUGGAACAUACCUGUGUGAGUCAAGCAUGAACUUCUGGAGGGAUUGGCUCAACAAUCACAGAACGCAGCUCUUGGUCUCUCUGCUCUAAGAUGCUAAAUAUGAAAGCCAGAAUCUCACAGCCCAGAAUUAUCCACAGAGCUGCUUUCCAUGAAGCCGAUUCCGAAGUUUCUCCUAAGGAUACUCCACACACACCCGAGCAAUUAUAAAUCAUAUAUUAAAUUGCACAAACAUUAAAUCGUU